AUGCAGCGUGGUGGGGGCAAAGCACAGGGUCAUCUCUUAUCUGAUGACAUCUGUCCUGUGUGCAAGUCGAACCGCUACCUCAAUCCAAAGCUCGAAUUCUUCAUUAAUCCCGAAUGUUAUCACAAGAUGUGUUCCACGUGUGUAGACCGCAUCUUUACAUCUGGCCCGGCUUCCUGUCCCGUUCCCUACUGUGCCAAGACGCUGCGCAAGCGUGGCUUUCACAAGGCCUUCUUCGCCGAUCUCAAGGUGGAGCGCGAGGUAGAUAUCCGGAGGCGCGUCGGUGCCGUCUUCAACCGGCGCCAGGAUGAAUUUGAGACGCUCCUCGAUUGGAAUAACUAUCUGGAAGAGGUAGAGGGUUUCGUUUUUGAUCUUGUCGAAGGCUCGCGGGAAGAGAAGCUGCGGGCCGAGGAGCGACUGCGACAGUACCGCGAAAGUAACAGUCUCGAUAUUGAACAUAACCGCCAGGUUGGUCUAGAAGCUGCCGAAGUCAAACGACAGCGCGACCGGGUCGAGCGUGAGGCACAAAGACAGCGUAAGCAGGUGGCCCACCAGGAAGCCGAGCAGAUGAAAGCAGAUAUUGAGCAGAGUCGUCGAGAGACACUAGAACGCCUCGCUACUACUGAUGAAGACCCGGCCGAGGUAACGGCACGCGCACAAAAGGUUAUUCUAAAGAAAUCAGCUACCCAACGCCAGCGCCUGCUUUCCCUUAACGACGAAACGCUUCAUCCGCCUAGCGAGCAGCUUUCCCUUCGUGGCCUCAAGCGAAAGGAGGCGCCUGUGUUAGCCCUAGACUACGAUCCAUUUGGUGGAAUUGACUUCACGCCUACGCGUUAUCUUCUACAGGAAGACUACGAUUGCGAAUGGCUCGAACCUGCCAAAGCUGACGAGCGACACUUAGCUGGUGGCUACAGUUUUAGCGACUAUUUUUCGCGUACUAUGUUCGAGGCCUUCUCUGGACUCGGUAUAUGCAUUGGUGAAGCCGAAGGAGAAGCCUUCGCUGAAGUAGGUGAUGCUGGCUGUUCGAAUUAG